UCCGGGAGUCGGGGGAACAGGAGCGUCGUGACCGCUGGCGUGGAGUGGAAGUCUCGGGGAUCCGGGGAAUGACUGGAACGGAGAUUACCGACAAGGCGUAGAUCUGUGACAGAGACAGACGAGGUUACCAUCAAGUGUAAGAGGGAAAUGGUCAGUGAGAGACCCUCAUAUGAAGCUGCGGGGGUCUUUGAAUAGAAAAGCUUCUGCACCCUCUGCUCUGAGACAGGAGCCUCUCUGCACCCUGCAGGAUGCCUGGAAACAUCAGAUCAGGUCUUUGGUCUCUCCUAGUGUCUGUUGUGUGGGUGGUGUUCGUCUGUCUGUUGUUCUGCAGCAGACUGACCAGCAUGGGUGCAGCACCCAUCUGUACCAAUGCCCAAGCUGGGUGCCAUGUCCUCUCCCUGGCUAACCUGUUUGACCGGGUCAUCCAACACUCAGCCAGGAUGCACGGCAUUUCGAAUGACCUUCACUCCAAGUUUGAGCAGUACUUCCUGCCCAGUAAGAAUCAGAUUGGCCGGGUCAGUCGCAACUGUCACACCUCCACCAUCCUCACCCCAAAUGGCAAGGAGAACGCUCAGAGAAUGGCGAGAGAGGAGCUGAUGGAGGUGAUUCUGAAGCUCUUGGUGGCAUGGAGGGAUCCUCUGUGGCAUUUCCACCAGAGCAUAGCUCACCACGACUUCAACAACUUCAGCUCCAAUAAAGCUCUUGAGAUGAGUGACAUGGUGCACGAGCUACGCAAAGGUGUAGAGAAAGUGGCUGAGAAGAUGCAGAUGUUGGGGAUAAUAAGUAACUCUGUCAGCAGCCUGGCUUCUCCUGAGGCUUCGUUGCCAUCUGACAGUGCUGAGUGGCACCUGAUGAAAGACUAUGACCUCCUCUACUGCUUUCGCCGAGACUCCAAUAAGGUCCAGAACUACCUGAAGAUCCUUAAGUGUCGCAUUGUUCCAGAGCAUGGAUGCUGAAGGCCAGAAAAUUAUGGAGGCUGUGUUGAACUUAAACCGGAAAUAUCAACAUGUUGGAAUGGAAAGGCUACGAUUAGAAACUACACGGAUAAAGCUGUAGUUUUUGUUGUGUUCUAUCUGCAGGGUAUGGGAUGUUAACUGAUAUACAGGUAUGUUCACUCCUAUCAUGACUGAAGUGCUACUGAAACCCAAAGACUGUGACAGUGUGGACAAACAUGAGCUGAGUAUGGACAGGAUGGAAUGAGUGUAAUACAUGUUAUGAUAGACUCCUGUAUCACGCAUAUCAUGUUUAAAUAUAGUAAUACCAUAUAAAACAUUUCAAGAAACAUGGAUACAAUGUUUUGUCAUUUCUACAGAGGAGAUACUAAGACUCCGUGCAAACACUGCUGUUGCAAGACACUGCACUUUUCAACCUGAAUCAUCAGAGCAUCAUAACUGAUGAAUCAAAUUACAUAUGAUGGUCUGUUGAUGCCCUGAGGCCUAAAGUUCAGCUAGUAAAGGAUAGGUUUACACUAUUUGAAGUUUGUCUUACUACAGUACUCACUUACAUACCAAAUAUACACUGAAAGAGUUACUAGGCGCUCAAAAUCCCCCAUCUCUUACAAAGUCGUGUUAGGAAGGGAUCACUUCUUAGCCAGUACGGACAGGAGCAACGAUCAAAACGACCAACAACUCUUUUAAUGUACAUAUGGGCAUGUGAGUGCUGUAUUGAGAUAGACUGUGGUGAAGUGUAGUGGUUUGCAAUAAUAAAUAUAUGAAGUCUUCUUUUC